AUGUACAGUCGCAAGGCAUGGGGUGGAAGCAUCGAUCCGUAUAUCGAGACCGUAUUUGUCAAAGAUAACGAAGCCGGCGAUAGCGAUCCUCUUGUCAGUGUCGUGAUAUUCGAAUGGAGCGACGAGAAUCUGAUCGGGAGAUCCGUAUCUGAUGACCCUGAAGCAAAAGAGACCAUUUGCGACCAGGCUAGCGUCGAGGCGAAACUAUGCGAAGCAGAUCAAAUAGGUUCCUUCAUUCUGGCUGCCAACGCGAGCGAGGCAUCCAAAUUCCCUAUUAUAUCUCAGGCGGUGCAUCUGAAAAAUCCGACUGCAAUUAAUUACCCUGUCAAGAAGACAGGCUUCUAUUGCGUCAGCACUUACGGAUAUUCUGGGAAGGAUUACAAAGCGGCAGUUGAGUUCAGAAAUUCAUAUGGUGAACUUCCGGCUGCGCAAAUUGCAAAACUUCCGUUCUACGGUGGCUUGACUAUUGUCUAUGCCGUCAUUGGAGUAAUCGUCAUGACAUUCGUGAGUGGGAACCUUCAAUUGGAUGGUGCUCGAUUACUGACGACUGCAGUGCCGGUGCAAAACUACAUUACUGCUAUCCUAGUCUUCCUGAUUGUGGAGCAAUUGAUGACCUGGGGCUUCUAUGAUUUCCAGAAUCGGCACGGUUUGAAUAUCGGUGCAAAGGUGCUGAUGGUGAUCGUCGCUGUCCUAAAUGCGGGACGCAAUUCUUUCUCAUUUUUCCUUUUGCUCAUCGUUUGCAUGGGAUACGGCGUGGUCAAGCCCUCUUUGGGCCGGACCAUGGUCUAUGUUCGUAUCCUGGCAAUCACCCACUUCGUUUUCGGUGUCAUCUAUGCUGUUGCAAGUCUAUCAAUUACACCCGAUAGCGCUGGGCCACUGGUCCUCCUCAUCGUGCUCCCCCUGGCUGGUACACUGACUGCAUUUUAUGUGUGGACACUGAACUCCUUAAACGCAACCAUGAAGGAUCUGAUCGACCGAAAGCAGAAGGUCAAAGCAAUGAUGUACAAGAAGCUCUGGUGGUGUAUUCUGGGCAGCAUCAUCGUGAUCUUCGGCUUCUUUUUCAUCAACUCAUUCGCUUUUGCUGGUCGUAGCGAAGCAAGCUUUGUACCAGAGCAUUGGAAGACCAGGUGGUUCGUGCUAGAUGGUUGGCUGAACCUUGUGUACUUGUUCGAUAUUGGAUUCGUCGCCUAUCUUUGGCGGCCUACUGCGAACAACAGGCGGUUCGCAAUGAGUGACGAGCUUGCGCAAGACGAUGACGGGUUCGAGAUUCGAUCUCUCAAUAGUGGACUGGACGACGAAGAAGCGUUUGGAGGCCCGGAAGGAAAUUCUGCUUCCGCAACACGCCGUGAGCUGUCACCGGUACCUCCUAAACCUGUUCCAUCUGCUCCGCGCCAGCGAGACUCCCUCGAUGGCGAGACGAUUUUCGCUGUGGGUGAGGAUGGAGACAAAUGGUCUGAGGAUGAGGACGAGUCUCCGCGAAACUCAAGCGAGCGACAGAGACUCACUGCCCAUAAAAUGGACUGA